GUUAAGAACGUGCGGGACAUAUGGUUAGGUUGCUACGAUUGGUAUUGCUCCGUCAUGUGAAGAGUUGCAGGUUACUAUUUAGUGUGUCUGCCAUAGUAAUUCAAGUUAGGGUCUACGUUUGUCUUUAUGAAGACAAAUACAAGUUUCAAUAACGACUGCAGCUUUUAUCAUGACCAUAAUAGUAGCUAAACAGUUGUGGUUUGUUCUUCAAGCCGUCGUAAUCCACCUUAGGUAUUGCAAUAGCAAUAUUGCUUCUGCUGGGUAAUUGGACUCAUAAAACUAGUUUUUAGUCACGCGGUCUACUUUCCCAGAAUAGUUUUACUGAAGUUUUUUUACUGAUUGAGGUAAUUACCGCAACUAGCAGUUGGCUGUAUUAACCCAACUAACUGCAUUGGAGUCCUUCCCACAAAUAUAAGACAAUAUGUCAAGCUAAGCUACAAAUACAUUUCUUGUUUCACGAACCUCUGUAUUUACUCGCAGUAUCAAUGAUCUGCUGCUAACGAACAUGGAAACAUAUUACGACUGCAAGUAUUUAAAUCAAAUCGUUCAAAAUCAUCGAGUUAUCAUGUUUGCCAAUCGGCUUCUUAUUGUUACUUAUUCUUUUCUAUAUAUGUUUCCUGGGACCUCAAAAAUUUUACUGAAGUUUGUAGAUUUGGGAUAUAGGUGUCAUGUACGUGGAUAAAUGAACCCUUUUAAUUACAUCAUGUCUGUACAAGAUCCUGAAUGGUUUUUAAAGUCUAUUCUAUCACCUUGAUAAUACCCUUACAAGAUGACCGAAAUGCAAGUGUUCAUGUUUUUGAUACAAUCGUCUUUAGAUACCUCAUAUCUGAGGUGAUUUCGACGUCCUCUUUAACAAGACAAGAGUGAAAGUGAUACAAUGUGAAUAGUCAGCUUAAUAGCCUCACGUUCAUCCUAUUUGUACCUUGUGCUACCCGUAGUCUCUAAUGCGUGUAUUCUAGGUUUCUAAUUUAAAGAUUAGUGACUUUCUUUUCAGCUACCGAUUACAGACUUACUAAUUAUGUGUCUCAAUCGCUAACCAUAGUAAUUUUUUAGUUAGAUUGUAGUUUGCAGACCUCUUGAUGGUGCUAAGAAUAUGUUAGUUACCAGUCCGAUUACAUUUGCGUCACUAACAUAUCUAGAACUAUAUAUACAAUUUUUAUGCUAGAUCUUUAUAUGUACAGUUUGAAUUACCAAGUUAUCUGUUACCCAAGAAAAAUCCAUUACCUUCUUCUUACUGUUUGGUGAUCAACAGUAUGGGAAAUAUAUGUAAUUUUCUCUGUCCUCCAAAUGUUAACAGAUGUUAUUCAACCUCCGCAUUAGAUGCUUCAAUUCAUGAUUCAGACGUAAAACUUUUAUGUGAAAAUGAAGCCGUACCUAUAUCAGUGGAAAACAUUAAUGACAGUGAUGAAUAUGUAACAAGUGUUGUACAUAAAGAAUCAGUUUCAAAGCACAAAGAGAAAUCAAAUAACAGUACUCCUGGUCAGCUCAAGUCUAUAUCUUCUUCGCUGCAAGGUCCGAAAGUAAUAAAAGAGUAUGUAAAAUUUCCUUUUCUUACGGAUGACGAGAUGGGAAAUUGGAUUAUUAAGUCUCGGUUCAUGUUUAUAUUACGCGGACCACCUGGUUCGGGGAAAUCUUUUGUGUCGGAGUGCAUCCGAAUUCGUUUUCCCAUGGCUAAGAUCUUUUCUGCAGAUGAUUUCUUUUAUUUAGAAUCGAACGGCUAUGAGUACCAAUUUGACACCAGUCGAUUGAGUGAAGCUCACGAGUGGUGUCAUAAUAAUGCUUAUAAUGCUGCUUGUUCUGGGUACAGCCCAAUAGUUAUUGACAACACAAACACAAGAAGUUGGGAAACACGUUAUUACACAGAUAUGGCUCGUCGUUUUCACUACUUUGUAAUCAUGGUCAUCCCACAAACACCAUGGCGAUUUGAUGCGGAAACUUUAACUAUGCGUAAUGUACAUUUUGUCAGUUUAGAGACCAUUGAAGCUAAAGUCCGGAAUUUCGAACAUAUCUAUCCAUUGUAUUAUGGUUGGUUUUGGUCGGCACCACCGAGUGAAACAUAUUCAAAACUUGGCAUCUCAGAUACUUCACGAGACACAGUUAGUAGACCAGGUAAACGGCGUAAAAGCUCUAUUCACUCAAACCCAUGCAUGGAAUUGGAUCGGUUGCUUAAAUGGGGAUGGGAUGCUCUUAAUACUAUUAUAGAAUUACCCGGAGUACAUCAUGAAUUAAUAAAUGCUUUCGGUCUGCCCCAAGAUGCAACUGUACAAGAUGUAAUAACUCAUUGGGAAUCCGCUACAAUACCUGACUUCGGGACUGGUUUGAAAACUUGCAACACACCUAGUAUUCCUCAUGUAACAGCUAAAUUUGCCGGAUAUGGUCGAGCCUUCGGUGCAGAACAUUAUGCUCUACGUAGAUCUGUGAAUGAAACUUUACUGGGAAAAUUAUUCACAGUACAAAUUAUCGGCUUAGUGAUCACUCCACGUACAGUAGGUGCUAGGGUUAAACUUCCAAAUGAUGAGGUCAUUCGACAUCUCUGGGCUGCCGACGAUCAAGAAGUUGUAUUCCCAGAUAAUAUUGGUAUAAUGCCUGUGAAUCGUCCAACUGGUUGUCGUGCUCAUGUUACAAUGGCUUUAGCAACUGGUGUAUCCCCAGCAGAAACAGGUCUUGAUUUACUACGUGUUGUAGACAUGGAGUUGAACAAUCGACCAGGCGAUCAUGUAGCAAUUAUUAAAAAUGGUUCUGUUCGUCGACUUAUCAUUCCAAAAUUACAUUGUAAUACUUCACCUGAACGCUGUUUAGUAAAGGUACCAAAUAAAUUAAACUAUCAUCCACGUAAUAAUAAUAACUUUUACGUUAAUGGUAUCUCAUCAGUUCCGCUCUCAGAUUGUGAGACUAUUUAUGUGUACGAUCUUGAUUUUCCUCAUCACUACCGUGUUACUUUUGCUGCUUCUUAUUGAGUUAUCCUUUCAUAAGUUCCCAUUAAGUCAUCAUUAAUUGCCAAUAUCUUCUUGCCUAUCUGCCUUACUUUGAAUGGGUUCAAUUACCUGUAUACAUAUAUAUACGCAUAAUACCAUAAAUUAUUUCAGUCUCCAUUACUUCACUUUUUAGAUUUGUUCAUUUCAUCGGAUUUACAUGUUUUCUCUUUGUUAAUUUGUACAUGGAUAAAUCAAAAUUUAUAGCAAACAUUUUGUCUAGUCUUGUAUCUGUACCGGAUUAUACUAAUUGCUGUAAUUUAUUCAUGCUACUGUAACUAUGACCGUUUCUAAUCUGCUAGUAUUAUUUAGUAGUUGGUUAUGUACUUAUCGUCUUAUAACCAGCCGAAAUCGUUAUCCGAAUGAUUAAUUUCUUGUAACUGUUUAUUUUUUCACACUGCAUUACUUGUGAAAUUCUAUACAAUCACCAAUGAAAACUGGUAUAUAUAUACAAUAUUUGGGUUCAUUGUUUAAUGGUGAAUUUACUAUCGCGAGUUUAUUUUCUUUUCUACCAUGACAUAUGCUAUCUAAGCCUAUAAGAUACAAUACCCGAUGUAAAAAUUAUAUAUUCCCUCUAUUUGUGUUAAGUUUCUUGUAGUAAUUCAUUUUUGCAUUGACUACUAAGUAACAGCGUCCUAAUUCACCGAAGAAAUUGCUUGAAAGGAUAUGGAAAAUUAUCUUAGUUAACAAUAUGAUCCAAAUUGUCAUGAAUAGAACUUGAAUUCUUCU